GCAAAGGGUGGGAAGGUUGAUGACAACAACAACAACAACAACAACAACAACAACAACAACAACAACAACAACAACAACAACAACAACAACAACAACAACAACAUCAGCAACGACGGCAAGCAGCAAAUGCUCGAAAUCAGCACGACGGGCGAGGAGGACGAUGACAACAACAACGAUGGGGUCGUUCAUCUCCAGCAGGGUGAUGGAGACCAGGCAGAUGAGUGGGAGGCAAAGCAGGGGUUCAUGAUAGAGGCGGCGGAUGUGGUGGAGAAGAUGCUGGGAAUGGGCGAGAUCGGCGAGAAGGGUGGGAACGUGGACAUCAACAACAACAACAACAACAACAACAACAACAACAACAACAACAUCGAUAACAACUUCGACAACGACGGUGAGCAGACUAUGGGCGAAAUGGGCGAGACAGGAGUGAAGGAUGGUGGAAAUAACAAUAACAACACUGAUAACAACAACGAUGGUGAGGAGGGAUUGGGCGAAAUGGGCGACGAGGGUGUGAAGGACGACAACAACAGCAAUAACGACGGCGAUAAUAACAACAACGACAACGAAAACAACAACAACAACAACAACAACAACAACAACAACAACAACAACAACAACAACAACAACAACAAUCACGACGACGGCGGCAACGACAGUCACGGGAGCAGCGGGGCAGAGAGGGGUUGUUGUGCAUCCAAGCUGCUGAUCAGCAUCAUGGGGAAGAUGUCGCAAUCAGCGCAGUGGGGGGGGAGUAGUAGCUCAUUGGGGUUGGCGAAGUGGGGUUUGUGGUUGAAGGUGCGACUUACUAUCCCCCCCCCCCUCCUCCCCCUAUCCGGUGAUUUCCCAUGCUGAUUCGUGGCUUCUCUCCUGGCAUCGUGUAGGGAUAGGAUAAAUGAUCUCCCUGCGU